UUUAAGAAUUAACAGAUGUGCUUGCUUUGAAGAAACUGAUUCAUUUCUUGAUGGGAAGAAAAAUCUUCUUUAGUUUUUCACUUAUCUUUUUAUGUAUAGGAUUUUCAUUAACUUUGGAUCAAAUACUUGCCAGGAAGAAUGUAAGUUUCAUCUCUCGAACAUCUUCAGAUAAAGAAGUGGUUAUAAACGAUAAGCAGAGUAAUGGAGAUGUGAAUCCAAUCCAGAAUUUCACAACAGUACCAAUCACUCAGACUCUCAGCUACACUCUGAGCAGACAUGGACAUUUAGAAAAAGAACCUUGGAAUGCAUUCAGCCACCAUAGCCCAGUUAAUGUCUCCAUGGAUGGAAUUCCCUGCAUUCUUUUCUGGGCCAAAGGAAUAACAAUAAAAUUUAAGAAUCAGACCUGGCUGGACCUUACAGAUGAAGCUUUUGGUCAGAAGACAACAGUGGACAUUAGCAACUCAAACUGCAGUGAAGAAAGUGCCAUUUUGUCUCUGAAGUUUGGUGAUGCUGAAAUUCCCAAAGGUCUUGAUAUAAGAUUCACCCUUACCAAUUACAACAAGUUGUACCUCCAGAGCUGGUUUAGUCUGCAGCGAGUUGAGAUUAUUUUCAAUAAUUCAGUCCAAGCAACUUUUAAUGCAACUGGCAUAUACGCUCCGUCGAGUUAUUCCUACCAUUGCCAGCGUGUCAGCAGCCUGCAGCGGUAUGAUGCCCUCUUGCUGCCCAGCUACACAGAUGAUACGUCAAGCCUGUGGGAGGUCACGUUUGUUGAUUUCCAGAUCCAAGGCUUCACCAUCAAGGGGAGGCAGUUUGCCAAGCCCCGAGACUGUGCCUCCUCCUUCUCGCCAGCCAUUCUGAUCGGCCUGGCCAUGUCCCUGAUCCUGCUGCUGGUGUUGGCCUACGCUCUGCACAUGCUCAUCUACCUGCGCUAUCUGGAGCGGCACUACGAUUUCCUCACCUCUCCGGCCCACUUUCCCCAGCUGAAAUCUCGAGAUGCAGCAGAAGAGAAGGAGUUGCUGAGGAGCCAGGGCGUUGAGUGCUAUGAACUGAGAAGCCCACAGAUCUGCAAAAUUUAUGUGUAACGGCACAGGCCCUUCUUCCUCGUGAAGUCCACAGUGGGCUCUGAAAGGAGUUAUUUCUGUCCAUCCUCUUUGACUUGUGAUAUAAAGUGUUUGCCUCAUGGCUUGAUUAAAAAAAACAUACAUGCAGAAACUACAUUUUGGAGCAUCCACUGGCCUACUUAGAGAGACUUGAGACAAUGAAAAAGUUGUCCCAGGAACCCCACAGAGAUAAAUAUGAUUGUUGUCCAAAAACUACUUUGAAAGCAAAAGCAUGUUUCAAGUUAGGAAGACAGUGAAAAACCAGUGAUGCCACUUAGAGAGGGGAAAACAUAUUUGGUCCUUCUUGCUUGUUCCCGUUCAGAUGUGAUAAUAUGGAAAUAAUAAUUCCAAGGUUAUCUAGAAGUUCAGAAUUUAUUUUGUGAAUUUGCAUUUUUAGAAAUUAUAUCCCAAUUUUGUUUUAAGAAGUAGUCUUUCCUGGAGCUGUUUGGGGAAGACUCUUGUCAAUAUGGUAGAACACUCUUUUCAAGGGCUCACUUGUCAUUUACUUUGCUGUUCAGAGG